AUGUCACCAGGAAACCAAACAUAUGUUUCAGAAUUCAUCCUUUUGGGGCUCUCAGACGAGACAGAGUUGCAGUCCCUCCUCUUUGGGCUGUUCCUGCCCAUGGACCUGAUCACCUUCACUGGGAACCUGCUCAUCAUCUUGGUCAUCUUCAUGGACUCCCUCCUCCACACACCCAUGUAUUUCUUCCUCUCCAACCUCUCUUUCACAGACAUCUGUUUCACCUCCACCAUUGUCCCAAAGAUGCUGCUGAACAUCCAGGUGCAGAAUAAAGUUAUUACCUAUGAAGAAUGCAUCACUCAGAUGUAUUUUUCCAUGCUUUUUGGAGAUUUAGACAGCUUUCUCUUAACAGUGAUGGCCUAUGAUCGGUUUCUGGCCAUCUGUCACCCCCUGCACUACAAGAUCAUCAUGAACCCCAAGUUCUGUGGCCUCCUGCUUCUGACAAGCUGGUUACUCAGUGUUCUGGACUCUUUAUUACAUGGUUUAAUGGUUUUGCGACUGUCCUUUUGUACAGAUUUGGAAAUACCCCAUUUUUUCUGUGAACUUAAUCAGGUCAUCCAACUUGCUUGUUCUGAUACUUUCCUCAAUGACUUAUUGAUAUAUAUUUCAAGUGGAUUUCUGGGUGUUAUUCCACUCACUGGGAUACUUUACUCAUACACUAAGAUUGUGUCCUCCAUUGCAAGAAUUCCAUCAAGAAAGGGCAAAUAUAAAGCCUUUUCCACUUGUGGGUCUCAUCUUUCAGUAGUUGCCUUGUUCUAUGGUACAGGGCUUGGAGUUUAUCUGAGUUCUGCUUCUACCCAAAACUCCAGGAAAAGUGCAGUAGCCUCAGUGAUGUACACUGUGGUCACUCCCAUGCUGAACCCCUUUAUCUACAGUCUUAGAAACAAAGACAUAAAGCAGGCCCUAAGAAAACUUUUCCACUGA